AUGAAGUUUCCGCUAGCAUUUCUGUUCUUCUUUUUGUGCACAGUCAUGGCCCAGCAGUCUCCAAAGAUCACACACACCGUUUACUUUGACAUCACAGAGGGCGAGGGAGAAGACGCCCACCACCUCGGCCGCAUUGUCCUUGGUCUAUUUGGCGAGGUGGUGCCAAAGACAGUCGAGAAUUUCUACCAAUUGGCCAUUUCCGACGACCCUAAGUUGGGCUACAAGGGAUCCAAGUUCCACAGAGUCAUUCCUAACUUUAUGAUUCAAGGAGGUGACUUCACUCGAGGCGACGGAACCGGAGGCAAAUCGAUCUACGGGGCUAAGUUCGAGGACGAGAACUUUGAGCUCAAGCACGAGGGCCCAGGCUAUCUGUCAAUGGCAAAUGCAGGGAAAGACACCAACGGCUCGCAAUUCUUCAUCACCACCGUGAAAACGCCAUGGCUUGACGGAAAGCACGUGGUCUUCGGUAAGGUGCUCGACGGAAUGGACACGGUCAAGCUCAUUGAGUCCACCAAGACAGGUUUCCAGAAUCGUCCUGUCCGGCCGAUUGUCAUCUCGGACGCAGGCGAAAUCAAAGUCACCAAAGACGAGCUGUAG